UGUGCUGCUCGCUCCUUCCUGUGGCCCCGGCCUGAGAACCUCUCUCGGGUUGCAGCGUGUCCAUGUGACUCGGCUUCCGUUGCUGCUGCUGCUUCCGUGAGUAGUAAGAAGAGCGUCGAGAGCGGGUGAACAUCCCAGAGCACAAAGUCGCUCUGCAGGACCGAAUCCACCAGCGAAAUGGUCAGAGGAUCAACCGACCGAGGCUUUGGAAAUCUACUGCUAACUACCAGACAGUGAGGAUGUUAAGAUGCUCGUCCUCAGGUUCACGCCCCUCCCGCUCUGCCUGGUCCACCUGUGGCGUCUCCUGACGCUGGUCUGUGGUCACCCACAACCCAGUCCAUGUCAGCAGGUCCAAAGGACGGCUCUGUGCGACAGGAAGGAGCUCUUCUGUGUUCCUGCAGGACUCUCCGAGCACACAGAGGAGCUUCAGCUGAACUUCAACCUCUUGAGAUCACUACAGGACGACUCUCUGCUCCUUUACCCCUCACUCAGCACUCUGAGCUUAGCCUGCAACCGUCUGGAGACUUUACAAUCGAACACUUUCAAAGAGUCUAAACUCUUAGAAAACCUCAACUUAGCAAAUAACGUCCUUCAUAUGGGAUAUCAAGAAACCAGCCAAGCAUUAAAGACUCUGCCCCGGCUACGAGUCCUGGAUCUGUCUGUGAACGAACUCGAUGACGAGAUGGCGGGCUCUCUCCUCCAGAACCUGACGUCUCUGGAGUAUCUGAAUCUUUCUGGAAACCUCCUGAAGAGACUGGACGAGACAUCGUUCAGAGACCUUCAUCAGCUCAGAGAACUGGACCUGCAGAGAAACAUCAUGUUCGAGAUCGACGGAGCCUUCGACUCCAACCCCAAACUGCAGAGACUGAACCUGGCCUUCAACUACCUGCCAUGUCUGACCGACUUCCACAUGACCCAGCUGAUAGUCCUGAACGCCAGCCACAACAACAUGGAGUGGUUCAUCUCCAGACCGGACCUGAACGACUCCUUCCAUCUGGAGACCCUCGACCUGUCCAACAACAAACUGCUCUUCUUCCCCUUCCUGCCAAACCACAGCCGUCUGCAGAACCUCUUCCUGUCACAGAACUCAAUCCGCUUCUACCAACACAUGGCCGACAACGACACGCUACUGAACUCUUCCACCGUCCAGUUCUACAACCUGAAGAAACACGAGCAGAGCAACGUGACAGCUCAGCUGUGGGACGAGAACCUACACGGUGACGUCUCCUCUGUGCGGAUUUUAGACCUGACGGGGAACCAGGUGGAGUACUUCCCUCGAGGGUUCAUGCAGAAGAUGUCCGCUCUGUCCAGAUUACGAAUGUGCUCAAACUGUCUGCAGACUUUGAACCUCACGUCCGAGCGCUUCUCUGACAGCCUGUACGAGCUGGACGUCAGCAACAACCGUCUGAACAAGAUCCUCGGAGAUGAAGGUCCUCUGAGCGCGCUCAGUAAUCUGACCUACUUGAACCUGAGUCUGAAUGCCCUCACGUUGUUACCGUCUGGAUUCUUCUGGUCUCUGAGCAGCCUGAGGUCUGUGGACCUCAGCUUUAACAACAUCCACGUCUGCCUUGGACAGGAAGCGGACAACAGCACAGACUCUCUCUCCGCUUGUGUCGACUGGACGGACGUUGGAUCCCUUUGUCAGCUUUACUUAAAGGGAUGCAACCUGCAGAGGAUUCCAGCGUCAGCGUUCAGCGGUUUGUCUUUAACUCAUUUGGAUCUCUCUGAAAACCCCGGACUCAUCGUGGACGAGUCAUUAGAGAGUGUGAGCAGGACGUUACAGCAUCUUGGGUUAGGAAACACUCAGACACAAGACUUGGACUUCUCCCACUUCCAAAGUCUGAAGUUCUUAAACAUCUCAGGAAACUCUCUCGUCCAUCUCCCCCCCUCUCUCCUCAGUCUGGACCUGAGAGUUCUGGAUCUGAGGGACAACAAACUGUCCACCAUCCCCUCAGAUCAGGCCAAUGCGUUAGCUCCCAAACUGCACACGCUCUUCCUCACAGGAAACCCGUUUAACUGCUGCCAAACCGAGUGGUUCAGGACGUUUGAGCCGGUCCACAUGGUCGCACAGUCAGACCUCCGAUGUGAGGAUCUGUUCCACGCCACACACAGAGUGGAGCGCUUCGACACGUUCCUGUGUUCAGAGGAGGCAGCUGAAUCUUUACUGUGGUUGAUUCUGCUCAUUGUUCCUUUCUGUCUGCUUUUUGUGGCUGCUUCAGUUGUUUUCCUCCUCACCUUCAAGCCCCGAGUCCUCCAAAAGUCCAUCAAGAAGAAAUGUUUGAAGCCCACAUCCUACUGAAACUUGAUCAGCCUGUUUGUGUGUUUGUGAGGAACGCAGCUGAACGUGUGAAAUAAAAAGGAAUUAUUGUAAAAACACUCA